UGGAGUGCCUCUUGUCUUCUUUUUCCCUCAGAAUUGGCCGCUUUUCUUCGCUCCUUCGCCAUGCCGGUCUCCUACGAAUCUUCCCCCGCCAGGCUAAAUAUUCCCAGCGGCGACACGUCUCAUCAGAGCCUGCGCUUCGUCAAGCUGACCGAAAAUGCCUUUGCGCCUUCGAAAGGCUCUUCCCGCGCGGCGGGCUACGAUUUGUACAGUGCAUAUGACUGUGAGGUCCCUGCUAUAGGGAAAGCUAUUGUGAAAACAGAUAUUCAGGUUGCCCUUCCUAUUGGUUGCUAUGGCCGCGUCGCUCCUCGAUCGGGAUUAGCUGUAAAUCAUUUCAUUGAUGUUGGUGCUGGCGUAAUUGAUGAAGACUACAGGGGAAAUGUUGGUGUUGUAUUGUUUAACUUUGGAAAGGAACCAUUUAAAGUUAAAAAGGGUGACAGGAUUGCUCAACUAAUCUGUGAGCGCAUCUACUAUCCGGUUCUUGAAGAAGUCAAGGUUUUGGAUGAAACAGAUCGUGGCUCAGGUGGUUUUGGAUCAACUGGGCAGAAAUGAAGACAACUUAUAUAUUUUUGUACACCUUUUUAAAAUGUAAAUAAACUUUUGUU